ACCCAGUUGGAAACAAUCGCCAACGGAGACAAGGUAUCAUCACCGCUCUUGUUUCCUUACCUUCACCACCGUCCGUUCUACGAUAACGUCGCGAAAAUGCAGCUCAGAAGUGAAUGGCGACGAACAAGCGAAUACGGUGAAAUUAAAUCCGUGGACGAGACGGGAACCUGAUAACACAUGGGCAGAGGUAACGUGUAACCGUCACACCCGACAGCCGUCGGACCACGACCACCUACUUAUGCCUCCUCUUCCAGCGAGGUCGCCUCUGCGCCCACCGCCGCCCCAGAAACACAGCGAGGCGGUCGUGACGAAGAGACAGCAUGCGCUGCAAGAGCUACUCGCCUCUGAAAAGUCGUACGGGUCUGAUCUCGCGCUGGUAAGGCAGGUACAUAUACCGUUAGCCUUGGGAAAGCCAAUACAUCUAGGUGACCAAACCCUAACCUCGACUGUUGACGCCCCAAUGACGUCCGCCGACGUCAAGCUCAUCUUCGGCAACAUAUCCGAGCUUUCCGACUUUGCCAGCCACUUUCACCAUGCCCUGCAAGCCGCCCUCGACGCUGACGCCGUCGGGGCGCUCUUUCUCAAGUCGGUAUCCGACAUGGAGCGCCCGUACAAGACCUACAUUGCCCGCCACGAAGCCGCCUCCCGCCAUCUCCGCUCACUACCCGUCACACCUGCCCUCACAGCUUACCACACACAAACGCGAACAAUAGCCAGUUCCAUGUCACGCGCCUGGGAUCUACAUUCCCUGCUCAUCAAGCCCGUGCAGAGGCUCCUCAAGUACCCGCUGUUGCUCGGAACUAUCUAUGAGGAAACACCAGAGGGACAUCCUGACAAGGAGAAUCUCCGGUUGGCGAGAGACGCGGUACAGGAUCUGGCUUUCAGGGUGAACGAGGAGCGCCAUAGGGCAGAGGUUGUCAAGGAUGUGCUGAAGCGGAAUGUCGUGCGCGUCAGGAGCGUCAAGGGCCCUAGUGUUACUGCCAACGCCACUCUCACUGGCGACAUGAUCAACUACUACGCCCGUUUGCUGCGAGUCCAAUCGUUUUCCAACCAGCUCGCGCAGAACGUCCUCCACUGGUCGCGUUCCGUGACUGCAACCUCGACACAGCUACACGCGUUUGCCAAGUCUUUCGGGAACGUCAUUGGAAUAUCCACAGAGGUUCAAUCAGACUCGUUUGAAGCUUUUAUGACGCUCAUUACCAUGCAUCUAAUACCACUUACGACAACACUUUCACAAACAUUGAGCAAGGACCUCCUCACUCCACUUUCGCAGCUCCUGGACGCGACCGCCAAACCCCUCCAUCUCGUUGAAACACUACAAAACACUCUACUGCCCCUGCAUACACAUCUUAUGAAUAUGCCUGUGUCGCACAAGAACCGCCCCUCUGCCGAGCUGCUCAAAGCUUCCGCAGAUUAUGUAGCUCUCCGGGGAAAGCUUGCAGAGGAGCUGCCAUUAUUCGUGGAAAAGGCUGAUCGGGUUCUUUGCGGGUGCGUCUUUCGGUUGGCACGGGCAGAGCAAGAAUACUGGAAACAGGUCAAUGCCGGUUGGCGAGAACUGUGGGAUAUGCUAAGCGUCGAGCCUGGGAACACGGUCAAGAUUUGGUGGGAUCGGUGGGAAGAGGUGGAUGCGGUGCUCUCAAGGAUGCGAUGUGUGCAGUUUCGUCCACCGUCACCGUCAUCAGCGUCGUCUUCGCUAUCGAAUGCGACCACCGCAGUUGGGAGCGUCCUAUCAUCGCUAGACCCCAAGCGAACAAGCGUCAAGUCCAAGACGCGGUCAGAAUUCGAAUACGACAUGUACGACUACAAGAGUCGUGCACUUGAGAGUCUGAAGCCCAAGCUGCGCCGGCCUUCCACGUCGAUGCCAUCACUACCACGGAAAAAGAGCUUCCGACGAAAGCUCUCAGAUCCGAAUGUGAAGGAAAAGGCAAAGGAGGCGCUCUAUGUCGUCCGGUCGGUGUAUCCGUUUGAUCCGCCAAAGAAGAAGUAUUUCUAUGACUCGUAUCCGUUUUUGACGUUGAAUGGGCAGAGAGAGAUGCUUGAUGUGUUGAAGGAGGCGGGGCAUCCGAAGGAUCACCUGAGUCGGGGGUUGCUGCUGCAUGUUGAUGAUGGAGACUCGGAGGAGCCGGAUUCGCUUUUGCUGGUGCGGCGCAAGGUUGGUGGCGAGGUUGGGUGGGCUUUGGCGAGUUAUCUGGAGCCGGUGACAAUUUAGGUGUAUGGGUUUUGUGCAGCAUACUAACUAAGGAAUGUAAACUACUUAUAAUAUCUACUUUUAAA